CCAGACUUCUCUAGAGUAACAAAGUGUCCAGGGAUGCUACAGAUCAUGGACAUGGUGAUCGAACGAACCCCUGCCUUCAAUUGAAUGUGCCGCUAAUUUCAGUCCAAUGAAGAAAUUCCUGGCACCCAUUUGGACAUAGCUCCUGAUGCGUUCUGACUCUCGGAACAGGAAGGUUGAAAUCCACCCGGGAGCAGACAAAAGAAUGAAAAAAAACGAGGAAAUGGAAGAUUAUGUGACCUCGCAUCUACAUUUCACAUGAAUCAAAAAAGGAUGAAUGGCAUCAUGCAAGCAGAGGCCCGCAGGCUCUAUCACGGACUAGCAGCUGUAGAAGCAACGAGACCAAUGUACACUUUUCUAACCUCAACUUCUCUCUAAGGUAUGGUCUUCAGUGUAGUGUUCAGAAUCACUGAGAUCACAUCCGUUCCACCAGCCCUUCUCCAUGUCGCCGGCGAAACACAUGAUUUGAUUUACAGAGGAGAUAUCGACCUACUAUGUCAAACAAGGGCAAUUCUUGCGAGCCCAUCCUCAGAUACACUCCCCGUCGAAGUAGCCACCAACAAGCAACAUGUCCCGAGCGCUCUCCUCAAGAGCCUGCACCCGCUCUUCAUUCUCUUCUCGCUGCGCCCCCCGCACCACCACCAGCACAAUCAUGCGGGCCGCCGCUAGCUACAUGUGGGAAAGAAAGUCCCAGAUUCAACACGCUCUGUAUAAUUUUUUCCCCCGUCAGCAUCAGCAACAUAAACCGCAGGCAAGGAGGCCUGAUUCGCCCGCCCCCACCCCAUCCGGUAGUGCACGUCCGCACCAGAAAUUGCGUACAACCUCUGUGCUUCUUGGCACUUUACCUCCAAUCUACGUUCUAUUGUCGGCCCCUGCCUGCCUGCCUGCCUGCCUGCAGAACCCGACACUGUGCUCUCGGAGGAAGACAAAACACUCCACGAACGACGGCAGCCUCUGCGCAAAGGUUCAUCGUCGUCGUCGUGGAGUACUCCGUUCGGCCAAACUUACAUCAUCGACGAGUCGACGACAAUUUCCUGCCACCGGUGCAAGAGAAAGCACGAUCUUUCAUCGCCACUCCAUGAUUAGGAAGGCCGCUCGGGCUCCCUUCCUAAACGAACGAACGAACGAACGAAGGACCAACCCAACCCAACCACCGCCCGCCCCAUUCCCCGUCCUCGAACGAUUUCGCGACCAUCUGUGCAUGCUCGCGAAGCUCUCACCUGCCCGAACCAGCAAAACCCACGUGUGGAAA